CUGAUUUGUUCGUAGCAGGUUUAUUAAUGAUAGCCUCAAAUCAGAAACUGCUUUUGUGUCUAUCAAUAGUGGAAUGGAUUAAAAACAAAACAAGCAAAGGCCUCAAACCUGUGGUAUAGUCAUGAAAUUGAGUAUUACAAAAUAAAAUUAAUGAAUAAUAAAUAGGAGCAAAAUGAUGUGUCACAAGCAUGUUUAGUGAGUGAACAUAAAAAUUAUAUAAUUUAUAGUUUCACUUGCAUAAAUGGUGAAAACAGACAAAACUAACCUUUGGUGGAAAGAAUCAAAACCGUGGCAGCCUCUUUUCAAAUACUGACUGGAAAUGGGCAUCAGAAAACGUGUUUCUGCCAGAUCUUCUAUAUGCCUGAUGUGCAUUCACUCGAUGUACUUUGCGUAUACUAUUUUUGCAAAUAAAACUGAGAUAAAGGGAAAAUAACUCGAGAGAAAAUAGGUAGAAAUAGGUAGAGUUGGGAUAGAAGCCUUGGAAGCUCCCCCAGUACCUUGCCCACCUGGCACAGGCCGAGGAAGUCCUGGGACAAUGCUGUGAGUGACCUGAGGGCCGUCCAGGGGAGCCCCGCCAGCCCAUGCUGGCGCCCGAGCUGCCCGCCGCCAUCUGAAUAUGUUGCAAAGACAGUGCUAGCCUGGCAACCGGUGACGCUCCACGCCCCACCCCGACCCCCACUUCUACCCAAGUAGCGGCAACGCUAGAGACAGAUGCCUGGGCGGCAGCGGUUAAGUCUGGCACUUGGCCAGGCGGUGAAAGGAAAGGACAGGAACUGGCCGUUCACCCCAUCCCAGUUCCACAGAGAACUCAACCACUAUGGCCCCUGAGCGGACCUUCAGGCCUGGUGGGCUGUGCUCUGUUCCCGCAAACCUGACGCCAUCCAGGGGAGCUCCGCCUUCCCGCGCCAGCGCCUCAGCUGCUGCAGAAAACUGCAAAACUGCAAGUUGCACACGGGCAGAGAUGACAGAGCAACCCCCGACCCUCCGCGCCACUCACCCUACCUGCACACCUGCCACGCGGACCCUGGGGCAGGUGCCUGGGCGCCCAAGUCAGGCAGUCCGCACAGCAGCGGCACCAGGGUGAAAACCUGCUGCUCAGUACCAUCCCGGUUACCACGAAGAGCCAGCCCCGGCGGCCCUUGCGUUCUUGGAGGAGGCCAAGUCAGAGCAACCCCUCAAGUGGGCGGGCGAUGCACUUGACCCUGAGGACAUCAGGUACCAGGCCCGCCAGCUCACGCCGGCAUCGGAGCCGCAUCUGCAGUCUAGACGUGGUGCACUGGCAGCAAGUGACUGGACACUCCAGACCAGGCCCGCCCCGCAGUAGUGUGGAUCCUGAGGCCAGACCCCCAGGCGGCAAAAUCAGGCAACCGGCCCCGUCAGCAGCCGCUGUUUGAUCCGUGUGGAUACAGAGUGCCCAGCGCCAGGGCCCAGGAUCCAGAAAGCUGUCCAAGAGGAGCGGACCUUGAGGCCAGGUAGGCUGUGCGCUCUGCGGCCCUGAGGCCAUCCAAGGUAAGCUCCGCCAUCCUGCGCCAGUUCCAGAUCUGCAGCUGCAAACCGCGCGUGUGGCACUGGCAGCAGUGAGGGCGGGUGGGGGAAGGAGCAGCCCCUGACUCUGCCUCCAUGCCUCUCCAGCUACCUGACACUAGCCACACAGACUCCAGGGCCAGAGCCUCAGCGUUCAGCCAGACAAUCCGCGAAGCCACUCAGGCGGCCGCGGAGUGCCCUUGCCAGCGCCCUAUCUCCCUUCCGAGGAGGAGCGGGGCGGGCUGCAAGGCCAGACAGGCCCUCCUUCUCAGGCCGGGCUGGCUGCGCGCCUGCGAUCCUGGGGCUGCCCCGGCGAUCCCAGGAGAACCGGCGAGCCCAUCGGCGCCCGCCCAGAGCUGCAGCCCCACCUGCUGGCGCGCGCCGCCAGGGAGCGUCUUCCGGUAGCCCGGCAGCAACUGCAGUGCAGGCGCGCGCCCAACGGCUUUGCGAGGCUCACUCGGUCUGAGAGGUCAGAGGCUGCGAGUGUCGCUGCUGAAGGCUGUGGUGGACCGGGCUGGAUCGCGGAUUGUGGAGUAGAUCAUAGAUUUGAAAUAGCGGAUUUGGGGUUGGAUCGGGGCUUUGGGGUUGGAUAGGGGAUUUGGGGCUGGGUCGGCCGGGGUCGGGGAGGGGGGUGGUGAAAAGGUGACAGGGAGCUGCCCCCGCUCAGGAGCCGGUGGUUGGGGGUCUGAGAAGAAGUCACCACUAUGAAGUUAUUCGGCUUCGGGAGCCGCAGGGGCCAGACGGCCCAGGGCUCCAUAGACCACGUCUACACGGGUUCCGGAUACCGAAUCCGGGACUCCGAACUGCAGAAGAUCCACAGGGCAGCUGUCAAAGGCGACGCCGCGGAGGUGGAGCGCUGCCUGGCGCGCAGGAGCGGAGACCUGGACGCCCUGGACAAGCAGCACAGAACUGCUCUACACUUGGCCUGUGCCAGUGGCCAUGUGCAAGUGGCCACUCUCCUGGUUAGCAGAAAAUGCCAGAUUGAUAUCUGUGACAAAGAAAACAGAACGCCUUUGAUACAGGCUGUCCAUUGCCAGGAAGAGGCUUGUGCCGUUAUUCUGCUGGAACAUGGCGCCCAUCCAAACCUUAAGGAUAUCUACGGCAACACUGCUCUCCAUUAUGCUGUGUAUAGUGAGAGCACCUCACUGGCAGAAAAACUGCUUUCCCAUGGUGCACAUAUUGAAGCACUGGACAAGGACAAUAAUACCCCACUUUUAUUCGCUAUAAUUUGCAAGAAAGAGAAAAUGGUGGAAUUUUUAUUGAAAAAGAAAGCAAGUACACAUGCCGUUGAUAGGCUGAGACGGUCAGCUCUCAUGCUUGCUGUAUACUAUGACUCACCAGGUAUUGUCAGUAUCCUUCUUAAGCAAAAUAUUGAUGUCUUCGCUCAAGACAUGUGUGGACGAGAUGCAGAAGAUUACGCUAUUUCUCGUCAUUUGACAAAAAUUCAACAACAAAUUUUGGAACAUAAAAAGAAGAUACUUAAAAAGGAGAAAUCAGAUGUUGGAAGUUCUGAUGAAUCUGCAGUCAGCAUUUUCCAUGAACUGCGUGUGGAUUCAUUGCCUGCAUUGGAUGACAAAGACUUGAGUGUUGCUACUAAGCAGUGUGUCCCCGAGAAAGUGUCAGAGCCUUUACCUGGACCUUCGCAUGAAAAAGGAAACAGAAUAGUCAAUGUACAAGGAGAAGGGCCUCCUGCAAAACAUCCUUCCUUGAAGCCUAGCACUGAAGUGGAAGAUCCUGCUGUGAAAGGAGCAGUACAAAGAAAGAAUGUACAGACAUUCAGAGCAGAACAAGCCUUACCAGUGGCUUCAGAGGAACAGCAAGAAAGGCAUGAAAGAAGUGAAAAGAAGCAACCACAGGUCAAAGAAGGAAAUAAUACAAACAAAAGUGAAAAAAUACAACUUUCAGAAAAUAUAUGUGAUAGUACAUCUUCCGCUGCUGCUGGCAGAUUAACCCAACAAAGAAAGAUUGGGAAAACGUAUCCUCAGCAAUUUCCCAAGAAGCUGAAGGAAGAGCAUGAUAGAUGCACCUUAAAACAAGAAAAUGAAGAAAAAACAAAUGUUAAUAUGCUGUACAAAAAAAAUAGAGAAGAAUUAGAAAGGAAAGAGAAACAAUAUAAGAAAGAAGUUGAAGCAAAACAACUUGAACCAACUGUUCAGUCACUAGAGAUGAAAUCAAAGACUUCAAGAAGUACUCCAAAUCGGGAUUUUCAUAAUCAUGAAGAAGCGAAAGGUCUGAUGGAUGAAAAUUGCAUUUUGAAGGCAGAUAUUGCUAUACUCAGACAGGAAAUAUGUACAAUGAAAAAUGACAACUUGGAAAAAGAAAAUAAAUAUCUUAAGGACAUUAAAAUUGUUAAAGAAACAAAUGCUGCCCUUGAAAAGUAUAUAAAACUCAAUGAGGAAAUGAUAACAGAAACAGCAUUCCGGUAUCAACAAGAGCUUAAUGAUCUCAAGGCUGAGAAUACAAGUCUCAAUGUCGAACUGUUGAAGGAAAAAGAAAGCAAGAAAAGACUGGAAGCUGACAUUGAAUCUUAUCAGUCUAGACUGGCUGCUGCUAUAAGUAAACACAGUGAAAGUGUGAAAACAGAAAGAAACCUAAAACUUGCUUUAGAGAGAACACAAGAUGUUUCUGUACAAGUAAAAAUGAGUUCUGCUAUUUCCAAAGUAAAAGAUGAGAAUGAGUUUCUUACUGAACAACUUUCUGAAACACAAGUUAAAUUCAAUGCCUUAAAAGAUAAGUUCCGUAAGACAAGAGAUAUUCUCAGAAAAAAGUCAUUGGCUUUAGAAACUGUACAAAACGACCUAAGCCAAACACAGCAGCAAACACAGGAAAUGAAAGAGAUGUAUCAAAAUGCAGAAGCUAAAGUGAAUAAUUCCACUGGAAAGUGUAACUGUGUAGAAGAGAGGAUAUGUCACCUCCAAUGUGAAAAUGCGUGGCUUGUACAGCAACUAGAUGACGUUCAUCAGAAAGAGGAUCAUAAAGAGAUAGUAACUAAUAUCCAAAGAGGCUUUAUUGAGAGUGGAAAGAAAGACCUCGUGCUAGAAGAGAAAAGUAAGAAGCUAAUGAAUGAAUGUGAUCAUUUAAAAGAAAGUCUCUUUCAGUAUGAGAGAGAGAAAGCAGAAGAAGUAGUAAGUAUCAAGGAAGAUAAAUAUUUUCAAACUUCUAGAAAGAAAAUUUAAACAUUUGGUUCUGGAUACAUGUUGAACUUAGUUGAAUAUAAAAAUCUAGAUAAAAAGUGUGUUUACCAUACUGUAUAAUUCCAUUUACAUGAAGCAUCCAGAAAAGAUAAAUGUAUAGGGACAAAAGGUAGAUUAAUGUUUGUGAGGGGCUGGGUCUGGAAGCUGGUAGUGACUGCUAAUGGGCAUGAGGAAUCUUACAGUGAUGGAAAUGCUCUAAAGUUGGAUUGUAGAGAUGGCUGCACAACUCAGUAAAUGUACUACAAAUCUUUUAACUUUAAGUUAAAACAGAUACAUUCUAUAGUAUGUAAAU